CUGCGUGUAUGCACAUACUGAACCGUAAAUGUCUUUACAGGGUUCUCUCUGUUAAGUGACACCCUAUUCAUUUAAAUGCCAAUUACAGAAAUAUUUCUGUUAAGUUUUAAACCAUUGUCAAUUCGUCGUCCAGAUUCAAUGAAAGAAACAGCCUCCAGCACGAUCGGGUGGAAGUGAAUAAUUAAUUACCCGAGUGAUACGCAGACAAAAUGGCCGACUUCGGAUGGACGAUGCAAACAAUUUGUAAAUAUAAAAGAGUAUGAGAAUUUAUGUGGAAAUUAAUUUGCCCGAGCGCACAGAAGUUGCUCAGUGAAUUGAAAGAAGUUUGGAAAUUUCAGGACAAUAAACCACAAGAGUUUAUGCAGCUACAAUUGCGAAUGAAAAGCAGAGAUGAGAAAAAAACAAUGUAAAGUGGUAAUACUAGUGUUGGCUCUGUGCUUCCUUCUUCACUAUGCAUUUUACAAAAUUUUGUAUAACCCAGAAGUAACUUUCAGUAUUCAAGAAAGAAAAGCAAUUAAAAUGGUAAAAGAAGUGUGGACCAAUUUAAACAGUGCCGUUAAAACAACAGAUGACGACAAAUCUAGGUACAGCAUUAUGUUUUAUAACAUGCCUUCUUGGAUGACAAUGGAAUAUAAUAAUCUGAAUUUCGCUACUUGUCCACAGUUAAAACACGAAUGUUUUGUCUACACUAAAAACAAGUACUUUGACUCCUCAAAGAGCAUUAUUUUCUUUGGAGAAGAUCUACCUGCACAAGUUCCGAAAAAGAAAGAAGGGCAAAUUUGGUCAUUCUUUUCAAUCGAGUCUCCAUUUCUAUUUUCGGUACCUCAACAAUGGAAGGAUAAAUUUACAUGGACAAUGACAUAUAGAAGAGAUUCGGAUAUCACUGUUUUUUAUGGAAAAGUAAAUAAAAGAGAGAUUCCCCUGAUACGGAAUUACUCAGAAAUAUUCCGAAAAAAGAAAAAGACCGUUGCCUGGGCAGUUAGUAAUUGUAAAACGUCUUCAAAACGGGAAGACUACAUCCAAAAGCUUCAGAAAUAUAUUGAUGUUGAUAUAUACGGCAAAUGUGGAAAACUUAAAUGUGGUAGAAAAUCAGCCGCAGUAACUGAGUGUCACAAAAAAUUCGCGGAAGAAUACAAGUUCUUCCUUGCUGUUGAGAACUCAAUAUGCAAAGAUUACACAACAGAGAAAUUAUUCAACUUUUUCUUUCAUAAUCUUACCAUGAUACCUAUCAUCAAUGGACCACAAAACGUUCACGAAUAUAUCCCCAGAGGAACAUUUAUAAACAUACUGGAUUAUUCUUCGCCGUCAGAACUAGCAAAGGACCUACAUCGGAUUGGGUCAAACGAAACGCUUUAUUCUGAAUAUCUACAACAGAAGGACAAGUAUCGUGGUGUCAGAUUUAACUGGGGGGUAGCUUUAUGUCCAAUGUGUGCUAGAUUACAUGAUAGAAAACAGGAUGAACAUAUUCCUGAUAUUCAUUCUUGGAUCUGGAAUAAUACCUGCAUCAAACCAUAAUGAUAUCCCACUAUACGUACGUCUAAUAGACAUGCUUUAUAUACUUGCAUUGUCUAAAAGGAUGCAAACUAUUGACAAACAAGUUGAUAAAACAAGGAUAUCAACAGUCUCGUUUGAAGUCAUCGUCUCGCAAGUUUUACGGUCGAGACAAGGACCUUGUCAGCACAUACAACCUAUCAAUAAGUCAAAUGGUGACUGGUGAUUUUCAUACUAAUGUUAGGCCAUUACUUAUACACUAAAUUAUCUACGGAUUUUUCCGUUUUUUUAAUUUUUCGAUCAUGACAAGGAGCACACGGCGGGUGUGACCGGUCGGCAGGGGAUGCUCACUCCUCCAUGGCACCU